AUGCGCUGGAGAGGGGCCGCUGCGCCAGCACUGGGAACCUUCCGGACAGGGCCCCGAGCGACAGCGGCGGCGUGCCCCCGUCCCGAUCGGCCGUCAGCGACGGUACGCUGGCGGUGCAGCAGAAGAAGUCCACGCGACGGCGCACACCGCACCAGUUGCACCUCAACAAGUGUGAAGCGAUACAGGGAGCGGCAGAGGAACCGUCGGGCGUUCCUGGAGUCCAUCGCCGCGAAUUUGGAGGGGGGCAGUUCGCUGUUUGACAAACUGGGUCGGGAGAAUGAACUCCUGAGGCAAGAGAACGCCAGGCUAUCUGCCCUGGUCUGCCAGCAGGAGUCCCUCCUGCAAGCGAGGCAGGGAGAAGGAGGCUCUGCAGUGCCCCAAGGGCCCUUCGGGAAUCCAGCUGCAGACCCCGGGCUCCUGGACCAACACACGGGGAUCCUCCAGGCAUCUGGCAUGCCUUCCCAGCUGGCAAGCUCCAGCAGAGCAGAGCCUGGGCUGUCUGCCAGCCACAGCGCUGGGACUCACAGCAGCAUGGACACGCCUAUGCUCCAUCCAUCACCAGUCCCAUGGGCAGUGUCCUCACUUUCCCAGCAGGCAGGCGGCCCAGAUGCACUGUCGUCGCAGCAUCAACACCAGCAACCACAUUGGAGCCAGCCACCACCAACGUCGACAGCCACGCCUGGGACCACUGCAGGCCCCCAGCCUCUGUCAACCCCCGAGUCUAGUUUGGACCCCCAAGGAUGGCCACUGCACGGGCACCAGCAUGCUGCCCUGAGUGGCUCCUGGAGCGCAGGGACGGCCACAUGUGCAAGCCCCAGUUGGAGCAUCCCUGAGCUGGGACAGCAAGUAGAGGAGGGGUUUGGCAACCCAGAUGUCGGGAGUUCACAGGGAACGCUGAUGGACACCAUUCAAGAUCGUUUUCUGGGUGAGCUCCUUCUGAAGGACGGCCCUGAUGGGCCCAACCAGCAGUUGAUGACGACAUCGGCGAGCACUAUGCCAGAGGCAAGCUCAGUUCCUCUGUCUUCUGCAAUCUCAGACUCCAGGGAGAGGUCGGUGUCGUCCUCGGACACCUCUGGCGGGGGCCCUGGCCUGAAGACCGUUAGAGGGAUGAUGGCAGAGAUCGGGAACCAGGUGCGGGCAAUGCAAGGCGUCCUGGUAGCCCAUUCCAUCCGCCGGGGCAGAGACCAGCUGCCCGCCUCUGUAGCGCCUGUGCUGAGCAGCAUGGUUUCGUCUAUAACGGAGUUGGAGGUCAGAAUCGCAAGGAUGCGGACGCCCAAGCCCUCGGACCUGGCGAACAGCGUCCCCAAGGAUGUGCACCAAAACCUGAGCAAUGAGGAGACGGGCAAGUACAAGGAGCGCCUGGCAAUGUUGGGCCUCAGCGCCUCACAGGAGAGUGCGCUCGUCGACCUGAGGGUGGGACACAUUGCAGUCCUGACAAGAAUCUUCGAGGAGAGGACGGAACUCAACGCCAAGGCGAAGGCCGCUGUGAGAGAUUCGGGGGCCGGCUCGGAGAACAUGCGAUCAGUUUGGGAUCUGCUCAAGCACAACAUCGCCCAGGAGCAACAGGCGGUGAUAGAUGGGCUCUAUGCGCUGCUGCUAAGGAUUCUGGAGCCUCCACAGGCAGCGCUGCUGCUCGUCGACACGCAUCCGGGCGAUCUUGAUGUAAUCAAGCUGACCACCGCCGUUGCUGGCCUUCGUAGCGACAGCGCUGGGCCCGUCAGCAGCCAGUUCUAG